UCUGCUCUGCAUAACAACAUCAACCAUGGUACAACCCGCUUGUUCUGCUAUGAAAAGGAUGAAACUGAUCUCUCCCAGUCUUCCGAAUCCAGACUCUACACCUUCUCUCAAGAGAGUAAAGACCACCUGCGAAAGUUCCGCCUGGGUACCUCCCGCGCAAAUGACCCGCAAGCCGUGAUCUACAUGAUCGAUAAACACACCCUCGAAAUUAAGCAAGACCAAGACAAGACCGUAUACACAAAUCUCGAAGAGAUAGCCGACGACCUGCCCGACCACUCUCCCCGUUUUGUCCUCCUCUCCUACCCCCUCACACUGCCAUCAGGCCGAAUGUCAGUACCAUACGUGCUGCUAUAUUAUCUACCUGUUACGUGUAAUGCCGAGUUAAGGAUGCUAUAUGCGGGAGCCAAGGAGCUGAUGCGGAAUACGGCUGAGGUGGGCAAGGUGAUUGAGAUAGAUUCUGCGGACGACAUGGAGGAGUUGCCGGCGAAGUUAGGUGCGGCUUAG